CAUGUCAAGAGAAAUAAUAGAAAUCGUCGCUCUAGGUCGUUCUCGAGGAGCAGGAGGAAAUCGGUUUCGCCCAAAAAUCCACUUGUUCCAGUACUAGAACAGCAACGACAGGAGCACCGCAACCGCCGAAGGGAGCACGAGCGUGUUACUACAACUUCCAGAAAUCUCCUUUCAUCAACAACUUCUGAUGUCCGGUCCUCUGCACCGAAUCGCGGCCCGCUUCGUCGUCAAGACAGCCACAACACGACUGCACAGCCUGGAGCUAGACACGACAACCAACAGCCAUUACAACUACCCUUGAAUGGAGGACCAGGCGAAGGCCAAAAUGGAGGUGGUGGGAGAAUGGUG